AUGGUGAAUUUGAUGAAACUUGUCAGCUCAAAUGAAUGGGUAGAAAGGACAGCUGUAGGGACAGGCUUUAGGCCGCGUCUGUAUAUGACAUUUCCUAUUUAUGUGGAUGAGGAAAGUAUACUUUUAUCAGUGGAAAGUGAGGGAUUAUUCAGAUUUCCCAAUAUUGUACCAUUGGACAUUGCUCGAGUGUUCUUGAAGUCCUUUGACCCAGACAAGGACUACGUCAAUGCCUCCUUUGUGGACGACUACAGACAACGUAACGCGUAUAUUCUGACUCAGGCACCAUUGGAUAACACUGUUGAAGAUUUCUGGCGUAUGAUAUCACAGUAUGACAUUGGCACAGUUGUGAUGUUGAACAGCUUAAGAGAAGGGAAAGAGAGUUAUCCACAGUAUUGGCCCGCAGAAAGUUCUCAGGUCAAGCAUGGAGACAUCACGAUACAGAUUCUGUCGGAAAACACUUCAGAUAAGAUCACAACCAGGAAGUUUAGUGUAUCGAAUGCAGAGCCUCCCAAGAAGACGUCUACUGUAAACCAUUUACAGUUCACUGGAUGGGCCAACUCUCACUCGUGCCCAGAUACCCAGGAAAUCCUUGAACUGUUGACUGCCAUACAGCAUUCACAGCAACAAACCGGAAAUGGCGUCAUUGUUUUUCAGUGCAGUGAUGGUGUUGGUCGCAGUGGCUGUGUGUCCACCAUAAUGUCAGUGAUAGAACGAGUCAAGAGUGAACAAACAGUUGAUGUGUUUCAGACUGUUAAGCUGAUUCGAGCCAAGAGACCUGGUGCUGUCAUAACUCUGGAACAAUACAUGUUCUGUUACCAGACAAUCCUAGCAUACCUGGACUCAUUCAACACCUAUGCAAACUUCGCAGACUGUUAAACAGUCAGAGGAAUGCAGAGUUCAACUCUGAUGUGAAGUAUAAAAUAAGUUUGCAUGAACCUGUUUUCUAACUAUUUUCCUUUGGUAUUUGGUAUUAUUAAAGUGAAAUAGAAAGCGUUCUCCUCUACUUUUGUAGAUGGUUAGUAGUAAAUUAGAUUGGUAUAAUUUAUAGUAUUAUAAUUAUGAGGUAGGAAGCACUUAGAAGUACCGUUAGUUUGCUGGUAUAACGGUGGUUCCAGUUCCUCAGCAUCCAUGUGUCUAUUGUAAGAAUUUGCUGCUGUCGUUGCUUUUCAGUUCCUAUUUUCCAUUUACAUGCGACAGUGAACAAAUAGGCAUGAAACAACUAAAUUGCACAGCAAUACAGUACACUUAACUUUAUGAAUUAGUACAUGACAUGGUUAAAAGUAAUUUCAGGGUUGUCACAGUCAGGUAAUGGUCAGGGGAAAAUAUAUUCAAGGGGUCAGGUAAAAGUCAGGGAAUCUUAUUUUGAGUCGGGGAAACUGGCAUUUUCAACAAAAGCCAGGGAAAAUUGAAAUUAUAACACCGCUGAUUUAAUUUUGAAGGCUAAGAAGAAGCAGUUCGGUUUACUGUGAUCUUAACUUUGUUUCACCUUGAUGAAGAUGGUGAAUUUGAUGAAACUUGUCAGCUCAAAUGAAUGGGUAGAAAGGACAGCUGUAGGGACAGGCUUUAGGCCGCGUCUGUAUAUGACAUUUCCUAUUUAUGUGGAUGAGGAAAGUAUACUUUUAUCAGUGGAAAGUGAGGGAUUAUUCAGGUAAUUUUGAAAAGUGAUGUCUGUGGCAACGAUGAAUUUUCAAAUUAUUUUACUUUGUAUAUAUGGGUUGUUGAUC